CUCAUUUCCUCGAUGGACCACCCGCGCCACCCCACCGCCGCCCUUGAACGGCAAUUGCUCGACGAGGUUCUCCACCUUAAAAGCCUAUGGCGCCGUGGCCCUCUCGGGAACCAUCCUCCUCAACCUUCCUCUCCCCCUCAACAACCUUGCGCUCAUCCCGCUGACACCGCCGUCUCCCAAAACCCAGAGAACAAGAUUAACAAGAGAAAAGGGAGGGGGAGGAGGAUGGAGCAAUCAAGGAAGAGGCUGAAGGAGGAUCAUCAGCAGCAGAAGAAGGUCUCUUCCCUUGCCCCUGAUCCUCCUGUGGUGGAGGGAAAGUGCCCUUGCUUGCCUUCGCCGACGUCGAAGCCGGAGUUCUCAAAGAGGAGGAAGCCCUUGCCCAAAGCGGUGCGGGUGCAGGAGACUGCUAUUAGGGCGUCAUGCAAAUUUUUUGGAAAAUCUAAUUUUAUCGAUGAUGAUGAUGAUGAUGAUGAUGAUGAUGAUGAUGAGAAUGAGGAGGAUAUGAUGGAGGAGGACGAGGACAAGGAGGAUAAUGCUGAGUCUAGGGCAUUUAGUUUUUUCUUGGGGUUGUUUGAUCAGAAUGAGGAAUUGAGGAGAUUGUACGAGAAGAAUCAGAAGAAGAGGAGAUUGUACGAGAAGAAUCAGAAGAAGAGGGAGUUCGUCUGUUUAGUAUGCCAGGCUAUGGGGAAGAAGGUUGAAAAGAGGUUCCUCAAUUGUGUUGGGUUGGUUCACCACUCAAAGUCCAUUUCCAAUAUGAGAGAAUCACACCAAGGAUUUGCCAAUGCUGUUUGCAGAGUCAUGGGUUGGGACAUGGAGAGGAGGAAGUCCUUGCUGCUUUCGGCUGAUGAUCAGGCGACUGCCGAUGAGGUGCGGGUGCAGGAGAGUGGUAUUAGGGCGUCUUGUGAAUUCUUUAGAAAAUCGAGUUCCAGCGAUGAUGGUGAUGAGGAGGAUGAGGAGGAUGUGAUGGAGGAGGACGAGGAUGAGGAGGAUGAUGCUGAGUCUAGGGCCUCUAGGUUUUUCUUAGGAUUGUUUCAGAAGGAUGGGGAACUAAAGAGAUACUAUGAGAAAAAUUGGGAGAAGGGGGAGUUCUUCUGCUUGGUUUGCCAAGGUAUGGGGAAGAAGGUUGGAAAGAGGUUCCUCAAUUGUGUUGGGUUGGUUCAGCACUCGAAGUCCAUUUUUAAGACCAGAGAAUCACACCGAGGAUUUGCCAAUGCUGUUUGCAGAGUCAUGAGUUGGGACAUAGAGAGGCUUCCAAGCAUUGUUCUUGAUUUAAAGGACUCGCUUGGCCAGUCUUUAGCUAAGGCUGACAAACCCCAGAUACAGGAGAGAAUGUGUGAAGAGGCUUCUUUUGACAUGAGCAAACGAGUUGUUGAGGACAUUGCUGCGAAUGUAGAGACCAACAAAGAAGUAGUGGGUUCUUCAAGCAGGGGCAUUGAAUUUUUAGUAGAGGGGCAAGGGAUGCAUGAGCAACCUUCCUCUGACAUGAAAGAAGUUGUUAACACAGAGUUGAGCAAACAAGUUUCAGUGAGCUCUUCUCCAUUAAGGGAUAUGGAAGGUUUUCCUGAGGAGGGUAAACAUAAGUAUGGUCCUUCUUACAUGAGGGAAGAGGUUCCUAAGGAAGUUGUUAAUGAAGAAGGAAACAAAGAAGAUUUGACGAGUCCCUCUCCAACUGGGAACAUGGAUGCUUUACCCGAUGACCCUAUUAUUGAUCAAAUUCAAGCAUUGGUUGACAAAUUGACACGAUCAAAGAACUUUCUUCAAUUUUUUGGACAGCAUGCACUUAUUGUGCAUGAAGAUAUUCUUAGUUCAACAGUGGAUCAAGCUAAUGCUGAUAAAUACCAUUUCAUGCCUCUUCUAUUGACUUUAGUGAAUAGAUUUCUCUAUAUGGUCAACUUAUGCAUCAUAGGGCCAACUGCAGAUGACUACACAAUAAACCUUGGAGGUGCAGCUACAGUUUGCGGUGUUAUUAUUGGGGCCAUGGUAGUUGCACAAAUUUUCUCUUCAGUUUACUUUAGUGCAUGGUCGAAUAAGUCCUACAUGAGUCCACUUGUAUUUAGCACUAUCCUGCUUCUCGUGGGCAAUACCUUAUAUGAACUAGCUUUUGAUCUUCAGUCAAUUACAGUUCUCCUCAUUGGUCGUCUACUUUGUGGUUCGGUUCCGCAAGGGCUAUCAACCGCUGUUAUAUCAGUGACUGUGUGCCCUCUAAGAUACGCCUGCAAGCUUCUGCUGGUUUUGUUAGUGCUAGUGCCCUUGGAAUGGCUUGUGGUCCUGCCCUUGCUGGCUUGCUCCAAACUAAAUUCAAACUAUACUUUGUGACAUUUAACCAAGACACCUUACCAGGAUGGGUUAUGGCAUUGGCUUGGCUUUAUAUUUAGUUUUGGUUGUGGAUUUCCUUCAGUGAGCCUACUUGUGAAGCUGCUGAGAGCCGUCCCCCACAGGAUACUAAUGCUGGGCAUAUGAAGAAUGAUUUGGAAAAUGGCCUUGUAAACCUUUGCUCUUCAAUUUGAAAGAGAAUCAUGAUGAAGAUGGAGAGCAAGAUUAUUAUGAGAGUGAAGAAGCCUCUGAAGAUUCUUGCUGACCUGCAACCUCAGUUGCUUCAGCAUAUAGAUUACUUACACCAUCUGUGCUCGUACACUGUACCACAAUAUGUAAGCUCAGUCCUCAUUACUUUUGUGUCAGCUGAAGUCCUUGAAGAUGUUAAUCUUUCCCAUCUAUCACAAGUUAUAUCAUCACGGCUUGCGCGUGGGACUUACAAUUGCAGCCUGCGAUCCACAGAAGCAGGGAUCUUGGCUCAAGUGGUUGCAGAUGGCACGAUUACAUUAACUGGAUAUCUGGGUGAAGGAAGGCUUCUAAAUGUCACCUUAAUCCCAUCACUGCCAAUCUGUUUAACCUGCAUUCUUUCAACUUUUCUGACCUUUCUCUCUCUUUAUUGAUAGCUUUGCCAAAAUCAUCCUUCCUUUUUCAGUUGAUUCAUUCGUUUCUGUUAGAUCAAUAAACACGCAUUGUAUAUACGUUAUUCAUAAUUCAUGAUGCCUUCGAGAAAUAAUUGCACUUGUGUUUUUUGAAUGUUCGAAAGUUAAUCCGUCAAUAUGAGGAACUCAAU